CUGCCAUCGAUCAGCUUCUUCUUCCUCCUCUCCUCCCCCGCUCCCUGGCUCUCUGUUCCUGCUAGAGCUGGCUGAAUGGAUUUGAUCGUCUUCUAAUUGCAUCAUAUUGAACAACUGCAUCCCUCAGCCCUCCACCAUGUUCAAAAAGAAGCCCACAAUCAAAAACCUUUCUCCCCUGCGGUCCUCCGACCGCCGGAAGAUUGCCGAUCAGAUUAUCAGCGAAUAUAAAAUCGAAAUCCCAUCGAGUGUACCAAUCGAGACUAGUGACGACUCGACAGCCCCAGGCGCAUCGAACCCUACGGCGCCGAACCUCACUUCCAUCCGAAAUGCCCUUCUUCCCGAGAACUGCUUGUCGGCGCGCUUUACCACAACGGCCGGGCCCCAGCUCCGCGAAGUACAAGGAACUGUGUAUGUCGGGUCACAUCCCGGCGGCGAUGAGCGCAUUUUGUGGUUCAAGGCCGACCAUGGCCCUGGCGCGGACGGACGCCUCUAUCCUACAGUCUACACACUUUGGAACAACCCAGAUCUGGUACCAUUGCUUCAUACCCCACAGAUGGUGAUGCAGAAGCUGCACGGAGGUGCAGAUCUGAUGACUCCGGGUCUGGCCAAUGAGCCGCCUUUCGAUGAGCGUGCCGUCAAGGGCGCAGUAGUUGCUGUCGCCAGCCUAGAUAGACACACAGUACCGCUCUUUGUCGGGGUGUGCGAGAUUGACAUCUCAGCACUCGGAGAAGUUCAGGGCACAAAGGGACAUGCCGUUCGAGGUCUGCACUGGGAAGGCGAUGAGUUAUGGGCUUGGAGUUCCUCUUCCAAGCCGGGUCAACCAGCUCCGGAGUACCUGGAGGGCUGGGAUGAAGAGCUACAGGAAGAGGAUAACGAUGUAGGGGAGAUUAAAGGGGGUGUCCAGGACCUAGCUUUGGGUGGUGCAGAGACUGUGGAAGGAGAAGGAGGCGAGGAACCGUCUGAUGAAGCAUCUGAUGUCCCGCAAAAGGAGGCACCUGUGGUUGAGGAAAAGGAGCCUACGACAAAGGAGAUCGAUGAGGCCUUCGAAAAGGCCUUCCUGUACUCCCUUUACAAACUCAAGCAAGAUAACCCUUCCGCUACCAACCACGGCCUAUCGCUGCCUGUUCAGCCAUCUGCUCUAGUUUCAAACAUGAUCACGCCACACCUGCCCGUAUACACCGUAAAGCAAGCCCAAUACUACCAGAUCAAGAAGACCAGCUGGAAGAACGUCAAAAAGUUCAUCAAGUACCUGGACAAGCAGCGGUUGGUCAAGUCCAAAGACCGCAACGGCCAGGAAACCGUCAUUCUCGAUGUGGACUUCAACGAUCGUCGCGUGGAGCAAUUCGUGCCCUACCGACUUCCAUCCAAGAACGCCGUCGAGAACACAGGAAAACCUGCGGCGCCUGGAACCAACAAGCCCGUAGCUACAGACAGCGAUCCCUCGGUCGGACAAACCCUCACCGUUCAGACGCUCUACCGUCCAACCGGAAAACUGACCCCCACCAUCUUCCCCUCUCUAUCCAGCACCCACCCCAGCAACUACUACAAAUACUCCGACGUCUCCACCCACCUCGACCAGUACAUCCAAUCUCAGAACCCUCCGAUCGUCGACCGCCAAAACAAACGCAUCAUCACCGUCAACCCCUUCCUCGCCAACACUAUCUUCACCUCCUCCUCAUCCGACGACAAGAGCACCCUCGCCCGCGGCAAAACCACCCGCGAUGGCCUCCUCAAACGUCUCACGGAAGACCAUUCCUUCAUGACAUCCCACUACGUCAUCCUUAGACCAGGCCAGACCCUCUCCGACGUCAAACCCAAAGCAGGCACCGCCCCUAAAGUCAACGUCAUUCUCGAGCGACGCACGGGUUCCAAGACCGUCACCAAAGUCUGGAACCUCGAAGUCUUUGGCAUCAUUCCAACCCUUUUGGCUGAAGAGCUGCAGAAGAAAUGCGCCAGCAGCACCAGCGUAACCCAGGCCACUGGCGCACCCAAGGGCGUCAUGGAAGUCCUCGUUCAAGGAGACCAGCGACGCGCAUUGGAAACGGCAUUGCUGAGACGAGGUUUGAGGACGCAAUGGAUUGAUGUGGUGGAUAAGACGAAAAAGAAGAAAUAGAUCACCCCCCCUCCCCCAUAUCACUAAUAUAGCCCAAGCAAAAAAAAGGUCUUGUACGACAGGCAAAGUAUAUAUGUGUGUACGUGUUUGAUGACUUGGAGACUGGUUUUGGAUAUGAUACUAGGAUAUACUAUACUAGGUAUAGCAGUUGAAUAUAUGCCUGUCCUGUUUAUAGCUUAGUUGUCAGAGAUGCAGGGGUAAAGUUCCAUGGUAUACAAAGACCGGUUAUGAUUGCCAACUAGUAUGACA